AUGAAACAGUGUCAUCCUCCGAUGCAUAUCAAGGUCAUGAAGAUGCAGAGCAUCAUGAAGCCAAACCUUCAGAGGAAGAAGCACUUAGAACAUUCCAGGGAAGGAAGAAUCCAACUAGGAACAGAAGGCGACCCCGAUGAUAAUUUUCCACAACUGACAUCCCACCACUCCUUUCUCAUUCGGUUUUCUCUCCAUUCACUUCACAACGCCGUUUCUCUCUUCUCGCCGUGGCUGUGGCACGUGCUCUUGCAACUCUCCCUUUUCUCAAGUGCUUUAUCUAAGAAUCGAUUCCCCACUCCUCUAUCAGUGUUUGUUCACCUCCUUUUGCAUCCUCUUGUCAUCACUUACAAGUCUCCUUAG